AUGGCAGAGUCUAAGCCUAUGGACACUGACGAGCCCGCGGUGGAGGAGGUCGGCAAGGCGAAACACGCCUUGCUGACAACCCUCGCCGCCUACAUUAAGGGAGAUCCAAUGUUUUGUUCAUUGGUCCACUCCCUAGUGGUGGCCAAUGCUCCCCGGGCGGUGCAGGACUCGCCGGAAUCGCCCUCUUCGCCCGCGUCCUCCUUCGACUCGCCGGAGUCACCCGCGUUCUCGGACUCGCCGGAGACGCCCGCGUUCUCGGACGAACCUAGUCCGCCCGAGAGCCCGGCCGGCGCCUGCGAGCCCGACCUCGCCAUGGAUUCCGAUCCCGGCGUACCCCAGCUUUCCGCGGUCCCCGUCGCUUGCGCGUCCAAGCGACCUGUUUCCCCUGCCCCUAGCGAAUCGCGGUCUGGGGCCACGUCGUCGGACCUCGACGACGACGGCUUCACGACCGUGAGGAGCGGGCGCAGGAAGAAGCAGCGUAGCUCUGACGCCCCUGCCUCCCAAGCGCCUUCUGCGCCGCCCGCGCCUUCUGCCUAA